GCAACCCCCUGCUUCAGGUUAAAGGAAAAGCAAGGUGACUACGGCAAACCUGAAGGGGACUUUUUUUGGGACUCCUGAGAAAGAGGAAGGGUCCCGGAUUUGCCUUUGGGCUUGGAUUGCUGAAUCAAAAUAGCAGGCACAGCCUGCCAAGACAAUGACAGUCACCUAUUCCAGCAAAGUAGCGAAUGCCACUUUCUUUGGAUUUCACAGAUUACUCCUAAGGUGGAAGGGCAGCAUCUACAAGUUGCUGUACAGAGAAUUUAUUGUUUUUGCUACUCUUUACACAGCGAUAAGUGUAUUAUACAGAUUUUUUCUUACAGGUAGCCAAAAACGGUUCUUUGAAAAACUGUCAAUUUACUGUGACAAAUAUGCUGAACAAAUCCCGGUAACUUUUGUGCUUGGUUUCUAUGUUACUUUGGUGGUGAAUCGCUGGUGGAAUCAGUUUGUCAACUUGCCAUGGCCAGACCGACUGAUGUUCCUGAUCUCCAGCUGUGUGCAGGGCAGAGAUGAAUACGGGCGCCUGCUGAGGAGGACUCUGAUGCGUUAUGUGAAUUUAACAUCUCUGCUCAUCUUCCGCUCUGUGAGCACAGCAGUCUACAAAAGGUUCCCCACCAUAGACCACGUGGUAGGAGCAGGUUUCAUGACAAGAUAUGAAAGAAAGAUUUUUGAUGACCUUAAAUCUCCCCAUCUUAAAUAUUGGGUUCCAUUUGUCUGGUUUGGAAAUUUGGCAUCGAAGGCACGAAAAGAGGGAAGAAUUCGAGACAGUGUAGAUCUGCAGACACUAAUGAAUGAGAUGAAUAAGUACCGGUCUUGGUGUAGUCUUUUGUUUGGUUAUGACUGGGUUGGAAUUCCACUGGUCUAUACCCAGGUUGUUACUCUCGCAGUCUAUACUUUUUUCUUUGCCUGCCUGAUAGGACGCCAAUUUUUGGACACUGACCAAGGAUAUCAAGGGCAUGACUUAGAUCUUUACAUUCCAAUCUUCACACUGUUACAGUUCUUCUUCUAUGCAGGAUGGCUCAAGGUUGCUGAACAACUUAUUAAUCCAUUUGGAGAAGAUGAUGAUGAUUUUGAAACUAACUGGUGCAUCGAUAGAAAUUUACAGGUCUCACUUCUGGCUGUGGAUGAGAUGCACAUGAACUUACCAAGGAUGGAGAAAGAUAUUUACUGGAACGAUUCCUCUGCCCGGCCACCCUACACAAAAGCAGCUGCUGAUUACUGCAUUCCUUCAUUUCUUGGAUCUACUAUUGAAAUGGGGCUGGCUGAUACUGGAUUCCUCUAUGGAGAAGAAUGGCCUUGGGAAGAGGAUAAACACCGAAGAUACUCAGUGCUGAGAAGAGUCAAGAGAUUUCUCAGUGUUCAUGAGGGCUCUUCACCCCCGUCUCACCCACACUACAGUCGGCAGACAAGUGAGAAUUCAGUGUUUUUCCCAGCAGAUGAAACGGGGUACAUCAGGCGGUUGCAGGAAAUGCACACAAGAGGGAGAUACUCCAGCUCUAGCUUUAAGAAGAGACACGAAGGAGCUAGCAGAAGUAACAGGCUUCACAGUAGCAGAGAUCUGGGACCUAUCAAUGAAACUUCAAGGAAUGAGGCACACUUUGGUGACAGUGACACCUCAUCCGACACAAACAAGCCGGUUCCUGAGGUCAUCAUCUCUGAAGCUGAGGGUACAGAACCUGAUAUGCUGGGCCGACCAGAACUGCAACCAGAGCGCACGGCGACCACGCCUGAAGAGAAGCUCCAAAGGAGCCUGACUGAGGAAAAUGUGACUCUUCUGGACCAUCCUUUUUUCCCCUCAGAAAUGACUGCAUACCACUGUGAGGUGCAUCAGUCACUUCCUUCUCUGAUAGGGGAGCCCAAAAAUGAGCUCCCUACUACUAACAUAGCUGGUUUCAUAACAGAUCAUGAGAGAUACAUUCAGAGAUGGAGUCUGCCAAGCUUCCAUAGUCACAGUACAAUGACUAACACUGACACUGCACUGCCUGCAGCACAGUCUGGGACAAUGUCAGAGCAAAGGACUUCCAGUAAUGGAGAAACCAUUACUUCUUCCCCUGCUUCGGAGGUGUUUGAGAUGCAGCACUUAUGGGAAAAUCUGGAUGGUAAAGAAACAGCCAUAGUAGAAUUUUCUAACGAGAAAAGUGAAAGAAAACUUUGAUCAUGCUUCUCCUGGUUCUGACUGAACUUAGAUUUGCUAAAAGUGCAGAAAGGCAGACACAAUGCUCAGACAAAACCUGAGCAAGGUCCAACAGAGGAUUUGGACACCUAAAUAGGAGGCAUUGUGGUGACAUGCUUUAAGCCUCUUGGUCACUGGCUUGAAAUCUGUGAUCCUGUGGUUCUGUGGAUCUGUGAUCCUAGGGAAAACAUUUAUGGGGAGAACGGAGAGCCUCAGGAAAAGAGGCAAACAAGCCAGUGCACAUGGCAGCAAGCUCUAUAGGCUCACCUAGAGGAAAUACUGAGAUUAUCAGAAGAGUGGAGAUGGCUCUGUCCACCUUCAAUACAACCUGAACCUUUGGCUGCUCCUUCAAAUUAAGUCCCAUGAUAUCCCUGUAAGACCCACCAAGUUUUGAUUUGUACUUAAGUGGCUAGAAAGGGAGGUGUGUUCUCAGCUCCCUCCUUAGCCUGGAGAGUUUCUCUUACUGCCUGAAGGAAGGCUUGAAAAAUCAGGCAGGACCCUACCCUACUUAAGCAGAAGCUGUGCCACUACAGAGUAAAAAUAAAAUUAUUAUCUGCCUAACUUGAUCAAGAAAAA